GAACUUGUUUCUCCCUUUGGUAUUAGCUCUUGCAAAUUACAAAUUGGGUAUUACAAUGAGGCCCGUACAACCCCGUGGCAGAUGCGUAACAUAACUUGUGGAUAAAUAUGCGCAACCUCUGCAAAGUGUAAAACUGGUAUAUCAGCCGUGCUCACGGUCAUGAGUAGCUCGGACCCUCACAUGACUAAUUUAUGGAACUAAAUUCAAUUUGUCAUAUGCAUUGCAUUGAGGGUGUUGUUAUUAUUUUUGUUCUACUACUUAAUUGGGUUUGGUAUUUACUAAUACUUAGUAACUGCUAAUAAAAUUUUAACCAACUUUAAAAGCAAUGCUCAGCUUCAAACAUUCUCUUUGGUAAGCCUUACACUUCACAUGAGCUCUCACCUUUGGCGAGUUCAUACACAUUAUUCCCCACAACUUGUUGAGCGACGAACGUAUGUGAGCUCACUCUUGCUGUCUCACACCCCCAUAGGUCAAGAACAGGUACCACAGGAUGAGGCGCAUGGAGGAUGCUGCGAUGUGUUCGUUAGAGGUCUAGGCCGUUGUCUCCCAGUCAACUUUAGGUUGCUGGAUCAUUGUCUCCUUAUAAUGUAAUUAUUUAUUUAUUUUGUACAGAACUCCUAUUAUAUAAUAAAGAUGUGACAUUCGUUUCUGUACCACUAUUCAUCAUAUGUGUGAGACUUGGUCCCAACACACCUGUUGUUUAUUUCGCGCCCGAGUUUUAGACCCCUAAAACCCGGGUGUGACACUGUACCUUGGUGAACAUGACCAAACUACAACCCCUCGCCACGAAACAACACACACACAUAUAUAUAUGCAACUAUAAGACUUCAUUAAUCAAAACAAGAACUAACCAAAUCUAGGUAUCCACACAAAAGAAACUCCAUAUAGUCAUUUUAAUACUCGUUGAAUUUGGACAGCAGAACAACAACUAUUUGUUUAGCCCAUAACUCACAAAAUAGGCAUCCAAAAAUAGUAAACUAGAACUUUCUGAGAAGCUUAGAAAGUCCUCUAUAACUUUUGUAUUAUCAUCACAACAUGAUUAGACAUUUUGAAAGGUCAAACAGUGCUAAACUUAAAUUCUGUCCAAAUUUGGACAGAAUUCGGCUCUUCACUUCAAAAAUUCAUAACUGGAGUCUCAGUCAUCCAAUUCAGAUGAUCCUAGACUUUUUAGAAAGCUAAUAGGAUUGUUUACAAUUCAUUUAUAAAUAUCUCAGCUUAAUUCAAUACGUAUCAAGGUGAAAAGAUAUAAGAAAUGCUCUGCUAUCUAAAUUUGGACAGAUUUAGAUAUCGUACUUCAAACGACUGUAAUUUAACUUACAAAUCACCAAAAAGGGUGAUCCAAAAUUUGUUGGAAAUCUUAAAAAAAGUACUACAAUUCUUAUAGAAUUACUGAGGGCUGAUUCUCAGUUUAGCUUAGCCAAAGAAUCCAAUUUUCGAAACAUGUACAGAAUUUGGACAGAUUCUGAAACUGGACUUGGAAAAAUCAUAACUCCUAAACUACUAAACCUAUGGCCAUAAAAUUUUAGCACAAGCAAGUUAAAGAAGUUAGCUAUAACUUUUAUAUAUAACACUUUUACAGAAAACAUGAUUUACUUCACUGCAUAAUUAAAAUUGGACAUGCAGGUCUAGACAACAAUAAUUUUAACUUAGCUCCUAGUUACUUCUAAAAUUUUCAUAUGUUUGAUACUUCAACUAUUCUAACACAUCCUUCUAAAUUAGAGCUAAAACCACCUAGUUAAUCACAUAUAUGAAUCCAUUUAUUUCUCAUAACCUAGUAUUUUAAACCUACCAUCACAUACAUGCAAACAAAAAAAAAUCAAUUUAAACACAUUAUGCAUACACAUAUAUUCAUCCAAGCACAAUUACCAUUCGCAUCGCAUCGUAUCGCUUAGACACCACCUCGUAUAAGCACAAUUACCACAAUAAAAUAGAGGAACAUACAACAUAUCUAAGCUAGAGAUAAGAAAAUCAUCGUAACUAUUUUAUCCAUCUAACUCAUACAUCGGCUAAAUAGCAGAAAUAAUGGUAGCUUACCACGACUAAGGUUGACUCGAUCGACACUAAACGACCAUGAUAGCCGAUUCAAUCCUUUCACCAGCAGCUAGUAAGCGUCGGACGUGCUCUGUUUCUUCUUCACCCAGAUUCCACAGAUGUCGCUCCUCAACACACAUAGGCACAUACACACACUUCACAUUAGCAAAUAGACGUCGAUCGAUAAAACGACAAAGCAAGAACGAAAUAUCACUGAGGGUCGACGGUGUCGUAGACGGGAUGCGCAAAACAUCAAACACCCGACGACGCCAAAAGGGCUGUCCACGACACGACACUCCUCUUGAGCAUUUAGACAAACACCUUACAUGCACGGCGACGCAGGGGCUGCAAAGAAAGGCACUAAAGAGAGGGGAUUCGACAUCCAUGGCUGAGGGCGUUGAUGAGGUGGAGAGGCGAGGGGCUGGGCGAGCUCGGCUGGCACAAAAACAGCGAGGGGCAGGGACGGCGAGUGCAGACCGAGCUGGAGACGGGCGACUAGGAAGGAGAGGAAGGCGAGCGGUGGGGAGCUAGGGAGGGAGUCGAGGGGAGGACGCCCUGCGCAC